AUGGCAAAGGACCAAUCUGCACGUCAUGAUCCUCCUACAAAUGAGUCGAACAGGCCGCAGAGCGCAAAGAAAUCGCAUAAGAGAAAGAGAGACCUAGAUGGCACCUCCGUCGAUAGCUCGACAUCCACGCCGAUCAAGAAGUCCAAGAAAGACAAGAGCUCCCUCUCGACCCCAGACUCUCAUAAAAAGAAGCGAUCGAAGAAAGAGCGCAAAUCCGAAGAUAAGACCGAUGAUCAAGAGGAUGCGACCCGGAAAGAAAGUGCUGUCCCGGAGAGGAGCAGCGAAGAGGGUUCUCCAAACGCAGGCGACAGCAAAUCUGAGACCAAGAGGAAGUCGAAGAGUUCAAAGCGACGAAAUUCCAAGGGACAUAAUGAGGGGGGUGAGAUUGCUGGAGAUAUAAGUGAGGAGACCGAGGAAGCUGAGGCGGCGAAUGACAGCGAGGAGGACACACCGCAAGCUCAGAAGAACAAGUACUCCGGUGUUCUAUCCAAAUUCGAGAGAUCUGCGAAGGUGAAAGAAGCAGCAAAGGCAAAGAAGGGAAUCACGGAGGAAUCAAAACCGGAAGUGACAACAGCAGAACCUGUAGUGGCACAAGGUUUGGAGCCAUUGCCCCAGCCAGAGGCCGCGCUUGAAGAAGAGGAACUGCCAACCUAUUCAACUCUUCCUAGUUGGUUGGCAAACCCCCUGCGAACCUCAGCGGAUGCAAAAGCGAAAUUCUCCGAUCUUGGCAUCAAACCCGAUCUUUUACGCAUUCUUGAAGAGCACGGAUACAAAGAUGCAUUUGCAGUGCAAUCCACUGUUAUUCCGUUGCUUUUGCCUGGACCAAAGGAGCACUCGGGCGACCUGUGUAUUUCAGCCGCGACUGGUUCCGGAAAGACGUUGUCCUAUGUCCUUCCGCUGGUUACCAACUUGGAACAUAUUCCCGCUCCAAGACUGAGAGGUCUUAUCGUCGUGCCUACUCGAGAAUUGGUUAAGCAAGCUAGGGAGGCUUGUGAGCUAUGCACCGCGGGCUCUGGCUUACAGAUUGGGUCAGCGGUGGGCAAUGUCGCCAUCAAAGACGAGCAGCAGCUAUUGAUGCGUGUCGAUCAAGUUUACGGUCCUGAGUCUUUCAAGUCGCGACAGCAGUUCAAAUUCACCGCAGAUGAUUGGGCGAAUUUCAACAUGCAGGAUUAUAUCUCCGAAGCAGCAGACCUUAACGAGUCUUUACCCGGCUACCUACACAAACCCGAACCCAAUGUCGACAUCCUUAUUUGUACGCCAGGUCGUCUUGUCGACCAUCUUCGCUACACGAAGGGCUUUACUUUGAAGCAUCUCCAGUGGCUUGUGAUUGAUGAGGCUGAUCGACUACUGAAUGAGAGUUUCCAGGAAUGGGUCGAUGUUGUGAUGAAUUCUCUGGAUGCGAGAAAAUCUCCUGAUACUUUCGGAUUCAGUGGAAGACUCAUGUCGGAUCUUGGGCUUCCUAUCGAGAACAAGGAUCCCAGGAAGGUUGUUCUUAGUGCCACAAUGACCAGGGACAUCUCGAAGCUGAACUCCCUGCGCUUGACCAACCCUAAGUUGGCUGUCAUUGGGUCAGCUGACCGUGUAGCCGGGGAUGAGGACGUGGCUCUUACAGACGAUCAGUUUAAUCUGCCAUCAACACUCAAGGAGUACUCUGUCUCGGUUGGGGACGGUGCGCAGAAACCACUUUAUCUUCUGCGCCUUUUGCGUUCUCGUAUUGGUCUUGGUUCAAGCACAAGAUCUGCCCGCGCUGUGCAGGCAGAUGACGCCAGUUCUGACGAUGACACAAGUUCUGAUGAUACAAGCUCCGAUGAAUCGUCCUCGGAGGAUUCCGAUUCGGAUUCCGACUCGGACUCUGAAUCUGAAUCUGAGUCCUCAGAAGCGACUUCAUCGUCCGAAUCUGAAUCGGACUCGAAUUCAGACUCGGACUCUGAUAGCUCAUCCGGCUCCGAAAAGGAGGAACCUGCCAAGGCCGCACCGAAACCCGACCCUUCGCGGACGACAGUCCUUAUCUUCACCAAGUCCUCUGAAUCAGCAUCUCGACUUUCUCGCUUGCUUGGUCUGCUCGAUCCUUCUCUGGCUAGCCAGGUGGGAACUAUCAUCAAAUCGAACAAGUCAUCCGCCUCCCGCAAGACCCUCACAGCCUUCCGCCGUGGCAAGAUCUCUGUCAUUGUUGCGACCGAUCGUGCCUCGCGUGGUCUCGACCUGCCAUCACUGACCCACGUCGUCAACUACGACGUUCCCCCUAGCAUUACUACCUACAUCCACCGUGUUGGCCGUACCGCGCGUGCCGGCAAGGAUGGAUCAGCAUGGACACUCUUCGCACACAGAGAAGGGAGAUGGUUUACCAACGAGAUUGCCAGAGGUUCUGAUGGCAAAAUCACCAGAGCUUCAAAGGUAGAACGGGUGAACAUGAAGCUUGAAGAUAUGGCCGAUGCCAAGUCGCGCUACGGCGCCGCCUUGGACGAACUCGAGAAAGAGGUCAGAACGGGUGGGAAGGUGAAGUCCUCCAAGUCAAAAGCAUGA